AAAAUGCAGUAUAUUAUUGUCUCUAAGUCAUUUUACGUUCCAUUCUACGUGAACAUCUGAUCAACGGGGAGCGACUGUCAGAAUAUGCAGUGGUGUUCGGGCUGAAUCGAGUAGAGAGGGACGAUACGACAAACAAGGUAAAACAGAAUGAAUAACGAUACAACUUAUAAUCCAAACAUGAAAACGGCUGUCAGCAGUUUUCGUUUUCAAAGGACUAGCCUCAAGAAACGCUUGGACAAGUACCAAGAACAACACAGCAAAACACUACGGGAAAUCCUACAAAAUCAAAAAGAUUUGACUCGCUCGCUGUCUUUGGAAAGUGAACAAUCCCUCAAUACAACAACCUGCACAGAUAAACACGAGAUAUUCCGUAGGAGAAGAGCAUGUAGUUUAUAUGGAACAGAGCAUGAAGGUAGCAUUGCAGUAGAAUGUGAUGACGGACAGUACUCAGUGACUGAUUCAGCUCUGAUGGUAUACAGCAAAUAUGACAGAAGAAGCGAACUGUUCCUGUCAAACCCUGUGAAAACUCAAACAAAUGGUAAGCUGUCUGCUUCCUCUUUCUUACCGACUAAACCUAGAAGUGCAAGCUUUGUUACUAGUAUAGAGAGUAAAACAACUAAUGAUAAACGAAAAAGGGUUUUGAAACGCCAAGCACGGAUUGAAAAGAGCCAGGAAAGCGAAAUCCAAAAGAGCUUAAUAGAACAGACUAAAAACGCGAUUAUCGCAAACCAAGAGCGUUCUCUUCCUUCAUCUAAAGUCAAUAAAGAUGCUUUAAAAGAUCAAAAACAUGACAAACAUAAGAUGAAUCUAACUGAGAAAAGUCAACAAACGAAAGACAAACGGACAGUGAAUUCCUUACACGAAUAUGAGGUUCAAACGACAGGACAAAGCGAUAAGGAAAAAAGCAUUUUAAAUUUGUUCAAAAACAAAAACACAUUACUAGCUGUGUCAAAACAAAAUGCUAAUUUAUCGAGACAAACCGAACUGGGAGAUAAUUAUCCCAUCAAGUCAGUGAAUGAUAUAUCAAGAACCAUUCUUGAACCUUCGGUCAUAAUCAAACAACGUUUAAGACCUACAAAAUCACUGUCUCCUAUUGGUACGAGAAAUACUAUGCUCACUAAACAGCGCAGUAAAACGUUUACCGGGGAAACAGAAAAUCAAGGCAGUUAUUCUGAGAAUCCCGCGAGGAAACAGGUGCAAAUGAAAACAAAGAGCGCUAAUCCAAGCAAUCAAUAUUUAGAGCGUUGCUAUAGAAACGCCUGGAGUGGAAUUGAUGAUAAUUUCACGGAUAAGAUACUUUCUACAUCAAAAGGUGAAACGUCCACGCCUUCACCUAGAAUGUCGUUAAGAAAAGAAAGUGAUGUCGAAAAAUACAUGUCAAGCUGUGAAGGAGAUAAAACUGUUUCUAAUCAAACUGAGAAGAAAGACAGAGUAGAGUUAAAAUCUUAUGAGUUUCCUACGAUUGAAUCACGAUGUGAUGGAAGUGGAAUAGACAAUGAUAUGUUGAUGUGUAAUCCUAAGGACAAACAGAGCAGAGAGAUUAACAAGAACGAAGAACUAAGAACUGAGACAGUCAAUGAUCACGUGAUGAACCAAACACCAGUAGCCAAUCAGAUAUCAGAAGGUAAUUCAGAAACAGACUGUCAUUCGUUGAAUAAGAAGGACAUACCAAGAAACACAGCAAAACAUCCAUCAGGAAAUACUGAUUCACGAGAUAAGAAAGAUUCGCAAAGUUUGCUUGAUACACAAUCCAAGGGAUGGACAAAAUUGCGAGCUAUACCACUGAAAAGACUACAAGAGAUAAGUGACAUGAGGGAAACAGAGAGAACAGAUCUACCAGUCCUACACGUAAGAGACAGUAGAUUACCUGAUACACCAGGGUUGAUGAGCUUCAGGCAAGUAGUAUUAGCAGCGAUCAAAAAAGACAAGGAACAAGCCAAAUUAGACAUGAAAAAGAAAGCACAUGAAGGGGAAAUAUCAAAAGAACGACUGAACGAGAUUCAACAGCCUACAGAGAGCUUUUUGAGGCAAACUUUCGAUAAAAAAAUUUUGCAUUACGCGACGCAUGCGCCAAGGCCUCUAACUGAAGAAAGACCAAAAAGAGGACCAGAAUUCCAUGCAGUCGCUAAAGGAAUCCAUGGAUUCCAGACGUUAAGUAGCGUGGUUAAUACAAAUAGGUCAUUGAGAGCUGACAAGAUUCGUAAGAAAUCAACUUUACCUUACACUAGAACACAGGAUACGAUGGCUAAUGGACAGAAAACGAUAAGUGAAAUGAUGGACGAGGUAAAAAACUGUAGAUAUCUAAGAAAUAAAGAACAUGUCACGUGACCAUAUCACCUGACUAAAGACGAUGUCACAUGACUGAUGACAAUGUCACUGAUGACGAUGUCACAUGACUGAUGACGAUGUCACAUGACUGAUGACGAUGUCACAUGACUGAUGACAAUGUCACAUGUGACUGAUGACG